AUGAGGAACCGCAAUAUAUCAAUCUAUAAAAGUAUAAGAGGAAAUAUAUUUUCCGUUCUAUUAAGCGCUAUUGCUGUGUCCCUUGUGUUUUGGAAUACAGCUAACCGUUGUGAUAUGAGAAGCGCUGCUGUGUGUACUAGCAAUGGAAAAAAUCUGUAUGAAACUAAUAGAGGAGGUCGAUUAGAAAGAAUUCUGAGAUCAGAAAAUACAAAUAUAUUCCAAGAAUUAUCAGAUCUAUACGACCAACCACCAAAUAAUGUAAUGGAUGGUAUGAUAAAUGUUUCUGGGUUAGGUACACCACUAAAUAUUCAAAUUAUACAAGAACAGCAACAGAUAUAUGAAGAACAGCUAGAUGAACUAAUUGAUAAGAUAACUGAUACUUGGAAUGAUACAUUUAUAAGUAUGGUAGAAGAUUACAUUGAUUUCACAGAACGAAAUAAUAUUAUAGAUGGAGAAUGGAAAUGCCAAAUGUGGAAUCAAAGAUGGUAUAGAUAUUUACAAUAUGUAGUUGGUAGUUUAAAUGAAGUAAUUCAAAACGAUAAUUAUCCCUUAGAAACAAAGGAAUACAUUUCAGAUGAAUUCCUUAAUUUGGCCCACCAUGAUUUUAUAUGUUUUUUAAGCGUAGUUAAAGAACAAUGGGAUAAUAGAGUUCAAUCAAUUGGAACACAAGAAGUACGAGCAUAA